AUGCCUUCCUGCAAGAACCCGCUCAAAAGACACUCGAUACCCAUCGCAGAAGCUCCUAUCAACGAAGAAAGGUGCAAGGAUAUCAAUGAGUUCCACCUACCCACGAAUCCAAACAACGUCAAAUUGCAGGAAUCAGAGCCCCAGUCGCUGCCCAGCGCAGAAGACAACGUGCAUGCUGUUCGGUUUUUUCUUUAUCAUCUACUCACCUUCAAAGGUAACAAAGUAGCGAAGCGCUGGCCGCAAUGGGUUUUGGAAACAGUCUCGUACUGGAAAGGUGACGGGAGAGCAUUGCGCGCUCUCGAUGGGGACCUGACACAUCUUUGUCCUAUGAGCGCCGGCUAUGCCCAACUCGACAACAAGGUGGCUCUAGAGAGCAACCCUUCGGGUGACUGCCGAACAUACAUAGGCAUGGUAUUGAGUACGAAAAUCAAGAAAUUAAAGGACAAAGAAUACAGGGCGACUGAAGCACAUGAAGAGUGGAAAGCGACGCGACGAGGCUAUUUGCCCUGGAAUCAUUCACUUGCUGAUAUUCCCGGAUCUGCCAGUAUCCAUUCGCCCUCACAUUUUUGUCGUCAGGAGAGCAUAAAGAGAACAUAUCCGUGCGCUCGCCCUUCCGAUACGAUGCUGGACCUUCGCUCCAUGUACAAGAUUCAUGCCGCAUUCACGCCGACGUCUAGUCACUAUGUGCCAUCCAUGGUAGCUUUAGAGUACGAGAUGCCUCGUGCCAGAUCCACGUUCCCUCUUCACAGGGAGUUUUCAAUUGCGGUGGCCUACAACUCUAGCACUGAAUCGCAACGAGCUUCUAGAGAUUGCAGCGCAGGCACAUAUACUACUGACGCCACUAGCCUGCAGCAAUCUCCAAAUUCGAUGGUUAACACCGGGAAGCAAGUGCUCGUAGCAACUCCGCUAUCAAACAACAGUCUCUUGUAUCCAGAUGAAGAUCUCUUUGACGCCGUCUCCAUUGCCAGGCCAUACGUCGCCCCGUCGCAUCAUUCCAGCAUACGGUCGACAGGAUCCCAAAAGCCACAGACAAAUCUGCAAGAGUCCAAGGUCGAAAACGAAAUGAAUGAGACUGCGACAUUGCGCAGUACGACCCGCUCAUCACGUGAGCGCUCAACGUCUACGUCAAGCUACGGCAGCUCUACAUAUCCUAUGUCAGAACAGCCUUAUCCUCGCUACCCUUCUUCGCCAUCGCGCUAUCGCGCAGGAGUUCUUCGAACCGUUGGAACACUGCCUCCCCUCCCUUUCGGGAUGAACGUCCCUCAUCCCGGGAUUUCUGGUCCACGAGAUGGACGAUGUUCAGGCGCGUCUUCGUACUCGCCUGCAAACUCUCACACGAGCGACGCGAGAUCAGAUCUCUUCAGCAAGCAAGAUCCCGUGCCACGACACGGCUCUGUUCCACCGCAGUUGUGCUCCCAGUCUUCACACACACCAUCUCUGAUAAACUAUAUGCAAAAUGCCCGUCAAACACCCUCCCGUCUCUCAUAUAUGCACAACAUCCACCAGACACCCACUCCACGUCAGUAUAUUCCUACAGUGGAUAUAUUCACCGGGGCUUAUCGCUCCGCAAACACUGCCUCAUUGGACAUCGAAACUCUCGAGGACGGUGGCAAGUUCAUCUUGGAGGGACUAAAGAAGCAACGUCAUGGUGUGAGUUCCCAGAGCCGCAGGCGUCCUGCUUACGUACCACCGAAGCCUGCAGACAACGAAUUGGUGGUCGAACCGAGCACUAGGAUCGUGAAUCCACAUACGGGACGGCCUUUCAUGACGCUGUAUGAGCGGAUCGAGGAUUUGGAGAGAAUGGGGGUGGCGCGAAAGCGUAGCUAGUCGAAUUAACAAGGUAUGGCAUUGGAAGGAGGGGCAUUGUGGGCUUUCUUCGAGAUCUUGACGACCAGGUCCG